AUGGACAGCAAUGCUAGCUGUUCUCGGUAUUCGGCAGGUCGGACUAAUGAUAGAAACCAAACAAUUACUGAAUAUCAAAGUUGUAUNCUCAACGAUUUUCUCCCCGAGGAUCGCGAUCCCGUUCAUGCUUGGUCCAUUGUGUUCUUCGUUUUCAUUCUCGCGCUGGCGGCUAUAAGUGUAGAUCCCAGUCGCGAGGCAGUAGCUCCUAUGAUGAAGGUGCGGAAACAUCCUCCUAGUGCUAGUCGUGUGCAACUUCCUGAUGGUAGAUUCAUGGCUUAUCAUGAGCAAGGUGUUUCCUCUGAAACAGCUAGAUUUUCAAUUGUUGCUCCGCAUUCUUUUCUUUCGUCCAGACUAGCAGGUUUACCUGGAGUCAAAUCAUCGUUGCUUGAAGAGUAUGGCAUUCGCUUCAUCACAUAUGAUCUUCCUGGUUUUGGGGAGAGUGAUCCUCAUCCCAACAGAAAUCUCAACUCAUCAGCCAUUGAUGUUCUGCAUCUGGUCAAUGCUAUCAAUGUUAGUGAUAAGUUCUGGUUACUGUGCCACUCCACUGGAUGCAUUCAUGCUUGGGCUUUUCUCAGAUAUGUUCCUGAAAGAAUUGCAGGUGCAGCAAUGUUGGCUCCUAUGGUUAAUCCAUAUGACCCACACAUGACUAAAGAGGAAACAAAAAGAACUUGGGAGAAGUGGCUGCCAAGGAGGAAAAUGAUGUAUUCUUUGGCUCGUAGAUUUCCAAAACUUCUCCCUUUUUUCUAUAGAAAAAGCUUCUUGCCUGAAGAGCAUGACGAGAUUGAUAAGUUGCUAUCUUUCACAAAGGGAAAGAAGGAUAAACUUGUGAUUGAAGAACCAGAAUUUGAGCAAUUUUGGAUAAGAGAUGUGGAGGAGUCGGUUCGUCAGGGAAACAUACGCCCAUUUAUAGAAGAAGUUGUUCUGCAGGUAUCAAAUUGGGGUUUUGACCUUAAAGAACUUCAUGUGCAAAAAAAGUGUCAAGCAAAAGGCUUACUUCUUUGGUUGAAAUCCAUGUACAGUCAGGUGGACUGUGAAUUAGCAGGAUUUCUUGGCCUUACACACAUAUGGCAGGGACUGGAUGAUAGGGUGGUCCCACCAUCAAUGACGGAAUACAUAGAACGGGUUUUGCCAGAAGCUGCCAUCUAUAAACUUCCAAACGAAGCUCACUUCUCCUAUUUCUAUUUCUGUGAUCAGUGCCACAGGCAGAUCUUCUCCACUCUCUUUGGAACUCCUCAGGGUCCAGUUCAACGACAACUGGAAACUGCAUUCGAGGAAGCUAAGGAAGAAACUGUUUUACCUUCUUAACUUUUUCUAGUGUUACAUUACUCUUAACUGCUGAUAUGCACGUCUUAGGUUGUAUGUAAAUACCACAGGCAGCUCCACAUCUCUAUGGAGCUAGAAAGAAGAAAAUGUUCGUUAUAAAUGCUCGGAAUUUUGAACCAUGAGAGUUUUUGGAGACAUAGGUACACCAAGAAUAUCACACAAUGUUUCUCCUUACUUUAAGCAAAUUGAAGUAGAAUUUGUCUAA